AUGGAAGGGCCUGAGGGCGCCAAGAGGGGGGAUGGUCACUUCCUUCCGGCGGCUGAGUGGUCCAUUGGUUCCGUGGGCCCGCGGGAAGCUUCUGCUGCAGCAGCGGCUGCUGCUGCUGCUGCUGCAGCAGCAGCAGCAGCAGCCAAAGGCGACGGCAGCAGCAACAACAGCAGCGCCUGGGGCACACGCGGCAUCCUCCCCGACCUCUCUGCCCGCUUUGCUGCAGCAAGACGCAGCAGCAGCGCGAGCGGCUCGCUGCAGAAGUAUGCUUCUUCUCCGUUGCCGUAUCAGCAGCACGCGCAGCAGCAGCAGCAGCAGCAGCUGCUGCUGCAGCAGCAGUUCGCGAGCCUCGCGCUGCACCCCUGCAACACGGAAAGCGACAUCAUAAACGCCUUCGAGGACGAGACUGGGGGCGGCGCGCCGAUGCUGCAGUACGACACUUCGGCGUUUCUGCUGCAGCAGCAGCAGCAGCAGCAGCAGCAGCAGGCCGCAGCGGAGCCCGACUUCGUGAAGCGGCAGCCAACCUACGUGCAGGAGAAACACCCCAUCUCCAGCAAGUCCUUUCAAAGACUCAUAAUUAAACAAUUUUCUUCUGUUCAGAUGUCUGCUUCUGCAAUAAGACUUUCGAAAGCUUUCAACGGCUAUUUGCUCGAAGACAGCACUGGGGAGUUGGGCAUAGACCGGCUUCCCCUGUACCACGGAAACGUGCACACGGCGCCGGGGAGCUCGUGGCCGCGGUGCCGCGUGCGGUGGAGCGCGCGGUACUUCCUGCUGUACAGAGGCCACUGGUUUUGGUUUCGAGACCGAAGGGCUUAUGAAGUGGGAGGUUUAGAAGGUUGUUUGGGGUCUGUUUCUUUGAUAAUAAACCCGCUUUCCAUCGACCUGGACCCCCGCUGCUCCACGCGUUUCAGCCUCUGCAUCGAGGGCUGGUGCAGCAUUGUCGUGGACACCAGUGUGCAGCGCCAAGACCGCGGCGCCUGGGUUGUUCACUUCCUCGCCUACGCGAACAAGGGGGAGCAGCUCAGGGAGAAGUUCCCCGAAGUCGACUGGGAAGAACUUUGCCGCCGCUGCCGUCUGGCGGUGCGACAAGCCAACGAACAUUCUUAG